GCCCCGGCUCCAUGUGCUUUCGUUGUAUGUGUUUGUGUUAUCGGGUUUCUGAAUGUAAAUGGCAUUUUUAUGUAUAAAUUUAUCUAAUAGAUACCGCCAAUAAGCUUAUUAACAUAUGUCAAGGUGAUCUUCAAUCCAGACUUAAAUUCAAUACUGUUUUUAUAAAAUUGCAUUUAUAACCAAAAAUUUUAACAAAUAUGGAAGGGGAUGCUUCAGCAGCACAGUCUAAAAAAGCAGCCAAAAAAUUAGCUAAGGAUGCUGCAAAAGCAGCUAAAAAAGCUGAGCAUAAAGCAGCAAAUGCUACAGAAGAACCUGCAGAAACAGAAGACUACUCAGUGAACAAAUAUGGUGCUAUGAAAAUGAUUCAAUCGACUGGAGAAAACGUUGAUAGAGUAUUUACUGAUGUGUCACUCUUAGAGCCUUCGUUAGAAGGGAAAGUUGUUUGGGUUCGUGGGCGUGUCCAUACGUCACGUUCCAAAGGCAAACAGUGUUUCCUAGUCUUGAGACAACAAUCGUAUAGUGUACAAUGCAUAAUUGCUGUCAAUGAAGCAAUAUCAAAACAAAUGGUUAAAUUUGUCGGCAACAUCCCUAAAGAAUCCAUUGUAGAUAUUGAAGCUAAAGUUGUCAAAGUUGCUCAGAACAUAGAAAGCUGUACACAACAACUUGUUGAGUUAUCAGUCAACCAAGUCUUCGUUGUAUCCCAAUCCAAACCUCAGUUACCUUUACAAAUCGAUGAUGCAAGCCGGCCAGAAAAGAAUCUGUCUGAAGAUGCUUUGAAUAUUAGAGUUAACCAAGAUACUAGAUUAGAUAAUAGAAUUUUGGAUUUGCGUACGCCUGCAAAUCAAGCUAUAUUCAGAUUAGAAGCCGGCGUUUGCAAAUUGUUUAGAGAUAUUUUAACUGAAAAAGGUUUCGUUGAGAUUCACACCCCAAAAAUCAUAUCAGCGGCUAGUGAGGGUGGUGCUAAUGUUUUCACAGUUAGUUACUUCAAAGGCUCAGCUUACUUGGCACAAAGUCCACAGUUGUACAAACAAAUGGCGAUAGCAGCAGACUUUGAUAAAGUGUUUACAGUCGGUGCUGUUUUCAGAGCUGAAGACUCUAAUACUCACAGACAUUUAACUGAAUUUGUUGGUCUUGACUUGGAAAUGGCAUUUAAGUAUCAUUAUCAUGAAGUAUUGAAUACGAUUGGUGAUACUUUCACAAAGAUGUUUAGAGGCUUGCGUGAUAACUAUGCUUCUGAAAUAGCAGCUGUUGGCCAACAAUUUGCUGUGGAGCCUUUCACAUUUUUAGAUCCACCUCUAAUUUUACAAUUUCCUCAAGCAUUGAAAAUGUUGCGUGAUGCCGGUGUCACAAUUGGUGAUGAAGAUGAUUUAUCAACUCCUGAUGAAAAAUUACUUGGAAAACUAGUUAGAAACAUGUACAACACCGAUUUUUAUAUUCUGGAUAAAUAUCCAUUGGCCGUAAGGCCAUUUUAUACAAUGCCAGAUCCUAAGAACCCCAAAGCAUCUAAUUCAUACGACAUGUUCAUGAGGGGUGAAGAAAUUUUAUCUGGUGCUCAAAGAAUACACGAUCCUGAAUUUCUGACUGAACGAGCCAAACAUCAUGGAAUUGAUAUUAGUAAAAUUGCUGCUUACAUUGACUCGUUCCGUUACGGGUGUCCCCCACAUGCCGGCGGCGGUAUUGGUAUGGAGCGUGUCGUUAUGCUGUACUUGGGUCUCGACAACAUUCGCAAGACUUCAAUGUUCCCACGUGAUCCCAAAAGAAUUACUCCUUAAAUUAUAUAAUAUGUUAAAGAUUGAAAUGUUUGUAUAUAUAUUAUGUAUUUGGUAAUAUAUAGCAUGG